UGCAACCUGCUGAGGUGGGUGUCCUUGUAGCCUCUUUUGCAGGUAAUCCGACUGAAUGUCCAGAGUCGCCCGGGAUCCUCGAUGAACCAGUCGGUGGUUGUCAGCAAGGCCAAGAACACCAUCGUCUAUUAUGUCACGUCUUCCAGUAACCGAACAACAGCCGUCCUGUUUGACUGCAAGAAUGGUUACGUCUGCUAUAAGCUGCCAGGGCAGAGCAACUGUUACCUGAAGAGGAUGGACGCCAGGGAUCACAGCGCUGCCCAGGCAUCCUUCAACCUGUCAGAGCACAAGGAGGGUCCGCCAGUGCUACCCAGUGAUAGUACCCAAUACUACCGAGAGUUCCUGGGGGUUGUGCCAGGGAGCCUGGUGCGGCCAGCGGAAGCAGGAGAGGCUGCCAGGGCUCUGUGUGAGGAGGCUCCUAUCCGCUGGGUUAAGAAGAAAGAUGAUCCUCCAAAGCAGCGGCUCAUCUACCUGUGCAUUGACAUCUGCUUCCCAAGCAACAUCUGCGUCUCCAUUUGUUUCUACUACCUUCCUGAGUGAACGGCCAAAGAGUGCAACUUCCCUGGCUCGGCUGGGGUGUGCUUGAACCAAAGAAGAACCUGAAGUCACC